AUGGGUACUUCACCUGAAGUCGCCGCCCAAGCUGUGGCACUUAUUCAGGCCGGACACAGCCAAAGAAACGUGAGUGCGCAACUUAAUUUAAGUCGAUCUGCGGUCCGAAAUGUUUAUCGGAGGUAUCCAGAGUCUGGCGGCUUUGUUCGUCGCCAAGGACUAGCUCCUAUCGCGCACUAUCUGCGCAACCUAUCUGCUUGGUUCGCAGCGUAUGAGCUGACAGGUGAUAAGAGACUUUUUAUCCCAAUUAAAUGGUCCCAUGAGAUACAACAGAAAUACGCAAGCAAAGCCGAUGGUAAGGGCUGA